AUGAAAAAUUAAUUUUCAUAUGGAUCAAAAUAUAAUUCUCAAAUACAACAAACCCCAUUUGGAAACACUUAGAUAGUAUAAAAAAACAAUUUACAAAGCAAAUCAAGGUUACCUAUCUUCGAUGAUUAUAAAAUUCAACAACCAUAAUCCUUCUCUUAAUUUAAUAAUUUUUCUAUAAAAUAAUUGUAAACACAUUAGAAAUUUGAUUAAACCUAAUAGAAACCAUUUAAUGUAGUUUAAAUACCAAAGGGAUUAAACAACAUCGGAAACAAUUGUUUUAUGUAACUAAUUUAAAUAAACAUAGGAAUACAAUAAUAUAAAUGUUGUAUAGCAUCAAGUAAUUUAGAAAAGCCAUCCUAGAUUUGCCAGUAAAAUAACUACAAACUGAUUCAAUUACUUUCCAUUUGUAAUCCCUAUUUUAGGAAUUAAAAUUAUCCAAAAUGCAAUAUUCAAUAAAUCCUAGUCAAUUUUAUCAUGCUAUUUGUAUAUUAUUUCCAUAUUAAUUGUAGUGAAGAAACAUAACUAAUUUUAGUUUGGUAGAUAAGAGGAUGCUCAUGAAUUUUUAUUGUGUUUAUUUUAAACCUUAGGAUCUGAAUCUAAGAACUAGCAAAAUGAACAAAAUAUCUUUGAUGACAUAAAGAACUUUUUUGAAGAUAUUUUUCUUGGGAAUAAUAGAGAUUUGGAAUCGAAAAUUGAAAAAGAAUGGAGAUCAAAAAGAUAAUUGGAAUGUAAUAUUAUUACGAACUUGUUUGUUGGUUUAUUUAGUAAUAAAAUCAUAUGCAAGAAUUGUUAAUUUGAGCAAAUACAUUAUGAAGAAUUCAAUGUGUUGCCAUUGAGUUUAGAAUAUUAUUUAGGUAUAUGUACAUUUUAAAAAGAAAGUUGCCUUUUGAAUGAACUAAUCAAAUUUUAAUUUAAACCUCAAAUCAUUACAAAUUAUAAAUGUCAAAAGUGUUAACAAGAUUAGCACUAAUUAAUGUAAUUAAUAAAAUAAUUCCAGACAAAAAAUUGCGAAACUUCCGAAAAUUUUAAUUAUCCAAUUAAAGAGAUUCAAUUAUUUGAAUUCUGCCUAGAGAAUAAAUACUAACAUUAUCUUCCCUCUCGAAAAUCUGUCUUUGAUUGAGUAAUGUACUCCGAACAUUAGAUCUUGUUCAUAUGAUUUGUAAACAAUAAUCCAUCAUUCUGGAACUUGCAAUAAUGGCCAUUACUAUGCGUAAAUAUAAUUAUGUGAGAAUAAUAAUUAGGACUUGUAAAUAUGAGGAAGAUAAUGCAAUAAAGUGGUUUAGAUUUGAUGAUUCAAUUGUUGAGGAGGCCCAAUUAGAGAAGAGACAAUACGAUACAUAUGGUACUCCAACACCAUACAUGCUAAUUUUUGAGUAAAAAUGA